AAGAUUACCACAAGUAAAAAAAAAAUUAUUAUAAAAAAAAAUAAAAAAAAAAUAAAAAUCAAAUAUUAUUAGCUAAAUUGAAGUGAAAAAAUAAAUGCUAUUUAAAAUAAUCAAAAUUAUUGGAAAUUCAACAACGUCUUCUACAAUGUACGCCAGAUUUUAAAGAUGUUGCCUAAGCAGAGCAUGAGAUAGCCUUCAAUAUAAUGGCCCGAUUAGCGGGCGGAGUGUCAUCACGCGCACAUCUACUCACACUACUGCUGAUCCAAGUGACAGUCGUAGUUGUGGGUGGCGGCGCCUCAUCCUCGAGAACAUCAUUUGGCGACCUCGACACUCCUCCAAACGCUAUAACAUCGCCACUCAUCGCACAAUCAUCAUCCGCAUCCAAGUCCCUGCGUGACUUGCUUCUCUCCGAUCAACCACAAAGCGGCAAAAAACCGCCAGAUGCCAUUUCCCUGCCCGCAUAUCAAUUUCAGUUUGCGCAUUCCAGCUACAAUGUCUCCAUUCCGGAAAACAGUUUGGGCAAAACGAAUGCCAUCCAGCCGCCCAACGAGGAUCGCAUGGGCAUCCAGAUCGCGCACGACGUCACCGACGUGAAAUAUCGCAUCGUGGGCGGCGACAAAGACAAAAUCUUCAAAGCCGAGGAACGGAUUGUCGGAGAUUUUGCUUUUCUCGUGUUGCGAACGCGCACGGGAAAUGUCGUGCUGAAUCGCGAAAAAGACGAUCAUUAUAAGCUGGAAAUUCGGGCGACAGGCACGCGACGUGAAGGCAAGACAAAAAGUUUCUACGAAACAGAUACCGUCGUGAAUGUUCGCGUGCAAGACACGAACGAUCUGAGUCCGUUGUUUUAUCCGACGGAUUAUGCUGUGACGAUUCCGGAAGAUACGCCGUUGCACAAGAGCAUUUUGCGUGUGAUUGCCGAAGACGCGGAUCUCGGGGUCAACGGCGAAAUUUACUAUAGUUUAUUAGAUGAGACUGAACAAUUUAGUGUGCAUCCAACGAGUGGUGUGAUAACACUGACGCGCCCUCUGAAGUUUGCGGAACGGUCGGUGCAUGAGCUGACUGUCGUGGCAAACGAUCGGGGCAGGAGCUCGACAUCCAAUGUAAAUAGAAUUAAUCAAGCUAGCAAAGCUAAAGUUAAGAUUAAGGUGAAACAGGUUAAUCUGUUUGCUCCGGAAAUUUAUGUGCAAGCAUUACCGGACAUAUUAGAGAACUCCAAUGCAAAUAUCUACGGCAUAGUUAGGGUAACUGACAAAGAUGGGGGCGUGCACGGACAAAUCCGCAGCUUAGACAUUGUCGAUGGCGAUCCUGAUGGACAUUUUCGGAUACGCCCAACACCCAAAUCCGGCGAAUAUGUCAUCGAAGUGCAUCGUUUGUUGGAUCGCGAAACCGCUCCGAAAGGGUACAAUUUGACGUUGCGUGCCAUCGAUCGCGGUAUGCCGCCAAAACAGAGCUACAAAGUGCAACCGGUGCACUUGACAGACGUGAAUGACAAUGCGCCCGUUUUUAAUCGCGAAAUUUACGAAGUUUCUGUGCCCGAGACUUCCCCACCGAAUACGCCAGUGAUACGGCUCAAGGUCACGGAUCGUGACGAGGGCAAGAACGCACAAGUUUUCCUCGAAAUUGUGGGCGGCAACGAGGGAGGCGAGUUCAAAGUGAAUCCCGACACGGGAAUGUUGUACACUGCCAUGCCGCUGGACUACGAAUCAAAGCGUUUUUACACCUUAACUGUAUCAGCAAUCGAUCAAGGAAAUGCCGGAACACGAAAACAGUCAUCGGCGAAGGUGAAAAUUAAUAUCGAAGACACGAACGACAAUGAUCCGAUAUUCCAGAAGACAAAUUUGACAAUUACCAUUGAUGAAAACGAGCCAGCGGGAUCUCCCGUGACAAUUGUGACGGCGCGCGAUAAUGAUGCCGGCGAAAAUGCUUACAUAUCAUAUAGUAUAGCGAACUUGAAUGACGUUCCUUUUGACAUUGAUCACUUUUCCGGCAGUGUUCGCACCUCCAAACUCCUGGAUUACGAAAGUAUGCGACGUGAAUACAAGUUAAAAGUUCGUGCCAGUGACUGGGGACUCCCGUAUCGACGUCAAACUGAGAUGCAAUUGACAAUUAAGCUCCGUGAUGUCAACGAUAAUCGUCCUCAGUUCGAAAGAAUCGACUGCGUUGGUCACUUGCCACGAUUUUUACAAAUUGGAACUGAAAUCCUCACCCUUUCUGCGAUUGAUUUCGAUGCGGGCAACGUCAUAAGUUAUCGUUUAAUCUCCGGAAAUGAAGACGGAUGCUUCAAUUUGGACUCAGCUUCGGGCAUAAUCGCGAUCGGAUGUGAUCUAGCGGAUGUCGGAGUCAAUACGAGAGAUAUUAAUGUCACAGCGACGGAUGGAACGCACUUCGCUGACACGAUGCACAUUCAAAUUGUGUUGCUAAGUAACAAACAGAUCCCCUUUGGAGGCAGUAAAAAAUCCACGCCUGAAGAUGGAAGUUGGUUUGAGUGUCGUGACACGGGAGUGGCUCGUCGUUUAACGGAAACACUCGCUGCUGCCGAGAAAAAUAACAUGCCAGGACGAGAACCAACCGCAAGUGAUGAUUUUAUCAUGAUGCCAAGUCGCUACGGGCAAAAUGUACAUGCGCCGGAAUUUGUUGACUUACCUGUCGAAGUGCGAGUGAACGAAACAGUCCCUCUUGGCACGACAAUUACGUGGAUAAAAGCACGCGAUCGUGACUUAGGGUACAAUGGAAAGCUCGUUUUUGGCAUUUCGGGCGGCGAUAACGACUCCGUGUUCCGUAUUGAUCCCGAAACAGGCGAAUUAAAAAUUAUCGGGUACUUGGAUCGUGAGCGUGAGGAUGAAUAUUUGCUAAAUAUCACAGUUUAUGACUUGGGAAAGCCACAAAAAAGCGUUUCAAAGGUCUUACCGAUUACAGUUUUGGAUGAAAAUGACAACGCACCAAAAUUCGAAAAAACUCUUGCUAGUUUUAGAGUUACGGAAACAGCUCUCAACAAUACUGUGAUCGUCCGUUUGAACGCAACUGACAAAGAUUUGGGCGAAAAUGGGCGAGUAAGUUACUCUUUAAUCACAGAUACGAAAGAUUUUCGUGUGGAUCCCGAAACUGGCGUCUUGAGUGUUUCCGGACAACUCGAUCGGGAGAAACAAGAGAUUUACGAACUCAAAAUUCGAGCCAGUGAUCAUGGAGCUGUUGGAGAUAAGCCCUCUUUGUACUCUGAUGCCCUCGUGCGUAUCACAAUUGACGAUAUUAACGAUAAUGCGCCCGAAUUUUCGCUCAACGACUACAGCGUUCGUGUUCGUGAAGACAUCCCCAAAGGCACUGUGGUGCUCGUUGUUACUGCCACAGAUCUCGAUACCGGGCCAGGCGGCGAAAUUCUCUAUUCUUUCGGCGAAAAUGGCGAUGGCGAAGGUAGUUUUAAGAUUGACAAGCAAUCCGGCACGAUUCGCACUGCGAAAUAUCUGGACUACGAAGAACGACAAAUUCACAGUUUGAUUGUCAAGGCAAUCGAUAAGGGCAUGCCGUCGAUGUCGAGCGAAACGAAUGUCAUUGUCGAGGUAAUUGACGUGAAUGAGAAUCGGUACGCGCCGCAAUUCGAUGAUUUUGUGUUGACGGGCAAGGUGGCGGAGAACCAACCGCAUGGCACGCAAGUGAUGAGUGUCGUGGCGAAAGAUUACGAUGCGCCGGGACCCGAUUCACGUGUCACGUACAGCAUUAAGGGCGGCGACGGACUCGGAGUGUUCACCAUCGAUAACGAAGGCACAAUUCGAACAAUGGCAGUGUUGGAUUUGGAAUCAAAAGCCCAUUAUUGGCUAACAGUGUGUGCACAGGAUCAAGCUGUUGUCCCACUUCACUCCUGCGUACAGGUUUUCAUUCAAGUCGAAAACGAAAACGAUAACGUGCCGUUAACUGAUGAGGCGGUGUACUAUCCGAGUGUACCGGAAAGUAGUCCAGCUGGCACAAAAGUACUCCAAUUAGAGGCCUUUGACAACGACAUAGAUCCAUUACAGAAAUUAACAUAUCGAAUAACGUCCGGCAAUCCAGAAGGAUUUUUUGCCAUCAAUAGCACGAGCGGUUUGAUAACAACAACACCCAGAAAAUUAGAUCGUGAAAAUCAGCCGGAACACAUUUUAGAGGUGAUGAUAAUGGACAAUGGCGUACCUCAGUUAUCAUCGACAACAAGAGUGGUAAUUGCCGUGGAUGACAUAAAUGAUCAUGCACCGGAAUUCGAUCAAAAGUUCUACAAAGUUCAGAUACCGGCAACGGCAAAAAUUGAUCAGCCAUUGUUUCAGGUACUUGCAAUGGAUCGUGAUACGGGUGAAAAUGGUCGAAUUACGUACUCCAUCAAAUCGGGACGUGGCAAAGCAAAGUUUCGCAUCGAUUCGGUAACUGGCGUGAUUUAUGCGGCAAAAACAUUUGUUGGUGUGCUGCCAGACGGCGAACCGGAACAAUAUGACUUCCAAGUACGUGCCGAAGACAAUGGCACACCGAAGAAAUCGCAAUCGACACGUGUUAAUGUGUGGGUACGGCCGGUGCCGGAAGAGUCGGAGCACGCGCCAGUUGUGACGACGCCAAAUCAACAUGUCGAGGUGACAGAAAGCGAUGUCCCUGGCUAUCUCGUGACAUUGAUACAGGCAACUGACGAGGAUAACGAUCAGUUGUGGUAUGACAUUAUCGCUGGCGAUGAACGCAACGAAUUCUACAUUGGGCGCGACAACGGCAACAUUUUACUCGCCAAGCAACUCGAUUGGGAGCUACAAAAGGAAUAUAAUCUCACCAUUAGUGUUACGGACUCCAUCAACACUGUUUACACGCAACUUCUUGUCUCCGUAAUUGACAUCAACGAUCAUCGCCCGGAAUUUUCACAGCCCUUGUAUCAAGUUGACAUCUCCGAGAACAUCGAAGAAGGCGCUGAAAUCCUGAAAUUAUACGCAGUUGACACCGACGAGGACAAAAAACUCUUUUAUAGCUUACAUGCCGCUCGAGAUCCUGCCUCUCUUCGACUUUUCCGUGUCGAUUCUGUCUCCGGCAGCAUUUUUACGACACAAAAAUUGGAUCGAGAACUCAUUGCUGAACACAUUCUCAUCGUUAUUGUCAAAGAUCAAGGUACGCCUGCGAAACGAAAUUACGCAAAAGUGGUAAUAACAGUGCAUGACCAUAACGAUCACGCUCCCGAGUUCACCGCGAAAUUAGUUCAAGGCAAAGUUUAUGAGACAGCAGCGAUUGGAUCGAGUAUUGUACAGAUUUAUGCGACAGAUCGUGAUGCUGGAGAUAAUGCAAGGAUAUCAUAUACGAUCGUUAGUGGUAAUAUUGGUAACGUUUUCAACAUCGAUCCAAAUAUGGGAGUUAUUAGUGUUGCAAAGGAAUUGGAUAUUUCGGCCCUUUCGGAGUACAUGCUUCAAGUUAAGGCCACAGAUCAUGGAAAGCCUCCCCUAGCAUCGCAAAUUCCGGUUCAUAUUAUGGUAAAUAUGGCUGACAAUGCAUCUCCUCGGUUCGUGGUGCAAGAACCUGCCGCCGAAAUUUAUGAAAAUGUCCCAAUUGGCACGUAUGUCGCACUCGUAGAAGCUCGCAGCACGUCCUCACUUUUGUUCGAAAUCAUUGACGGUAACCAAAACGAUCGUUUCUUCAUCAAUCCCUCCACGGGAAUUGUCACGACGAAAGAUACGCUCGACUAUGAGACCUUCAAAUUUUAUAACAUGACAAUACGGGCAACGAACAUGGCUUCGGCAUCCGCGACAUGCAACGUGAUUGUGCAUGUGCUCGAUGUCAACGACAACGCUCCGUAUUUCGAACAGGAAGUCUAUCGUGGGGAAGUUCUCGAAUCCGUGCAAAUUGGAAGUCUCAUUGCCACAGUUUACAAGGGAAAAACGAAUUCUUUGACAAAUUCCACAGCAGGUCCGUUAGUUAUCAAAGCAUAUGACGACGAUUCGGGGCACAAUGCAUGGCUCCAUUACGACAUUGUGGAAAUGUUGCCUCGGAAAUAUUUCCAUAUCGACUCCACAACGGGGGCGAUUAAGACAGUCAUGUAUUUGGAUCACGAGAAAAUCCCAUUUUUCAAUUUUCACGUGAAAGUAACGGAUAUGGGAAAGCCAAGUUUGUCGUCGGAGACAACAGCACGUGUGGAAAUCACUGUAAAAGACGUCAAUGACUGCGCUCCGCAAUUCAGUCAAAAGGAAUAUAACGUAACUUUACUUCUGCCAACUUACGUAAAUGUCGCUGUGCUUCAAGUCAACGCCACAGAUGAGGACAGCACAAAUACCACACUUCGUUAUGACAUCAUCGAAGGAAAUCGCGAUGACGCAUUCGCAAUUGAUGCUUUAACUGGAAUUAUUACCACAAGAGACGUCGAAAAAAUCGGAAGUUUCUAUAAAUUGCACAUCCGAGUGUCUGACGGGAAAUUUUCGAAAGUCGCUUAUGUCAAUAUCGCCGUUGAAACGUCGGAAAAUUCAGGUCUCGUCUUCCAAAAAUCCAUUUACGAAGCGAGUAUCUUUGAAAAUUCGACAAAAAUCAUCAAUGUAGUUGUUGUUAACGUUCUGGGAGCAAAUUUGAACGAACACAUUGAAUUUCGUAUUCUCAAUCCGACCGAUAUGUUCCGCAUUGGUCUCACAUCUGGCGCUAUUCAGACAACUGGAAUCAGAUUUGAUCGCGAAACACUCGAUAAUUACGAGUUAAUUGUUGAGGCACGAUCCCAGAUGCCGGAUAGAGAAAAGCCGCGCGUUGCUCAUGUCAUUGUCAAUGUCACGAUUCAAGAUAUCAACGACAAUUGUCCGCAAUUUGUGAAUUUGCCGUAUUAUGCGGUCGUUUCGGUGGAUGAUCCCAAAGGAUCUGUCAUCUCGAAAGUGCAUGCGAUAGACUUGGAUGCGUAUGAUAACGGCGAAGUGCGGUACGAGAUGAAGAAGGGACAUGGCGAAUUGUUUAAAGUUGAUCGGAAAUCGGGGGAAAUUUCGUUGAAGCAAAUGUUGGAAGGGCAUAAUAGGGAUUAUGAACUUACGAUUGCGGCAUAUGACGGCGGAAUUCAACCGUGCUCGACAGAUGUCACAGUGCAUGUUAAGGUGAUUGACAAAUCAAUGCCGGUAUUCAACAAACAAUUCUACGCCGACACUGUCCCCGAAAAUAUCGAGCUGCAUUCUCCUCUCUCCGUAGCGAUCCAAGCUGAGAGCCCUCUUGGCAGAAAAUUAAUUUACAGCAUCGUCAAAGGCAAUGAACUCGAAGAAUUUGCCGUGGAUUUCAAUACUGCUCCGGACAGUACAAAUGGUCCAUGUGCGAUUUAUGUCGUGGACGAGCUCGAUUACGAGACAAAGCAGAGUUAUGAACUCGUGAUACGGGCAACCGAUAGUGUCUCAGGUGUUUCGGCAGAAGUGCCGGUGUCGGUAGCGGUGCAGGAUGUGAAUGAUUGCCCGCCAGAGAUUGAGAAGGACAUGUACAAUGUUUCCGUUUCCGAGACCACGUUGAGAUUUGGUUCCCCAAUUCUAACUGUCGUUGCGCACGAUAACGACACGGGCAUCAACCAGAUGAUCACAUACAGUCUCCAAACGGACAACAAAAACUCCUCCGAUUUCUUCCAUAUCGAUCCGAUGGAUGGCAUUGUGUACCUGAAGAAACAACUCGAUCACGAGCGUCUUCCAUCGCAUCAUUUCACCGUAAUUGCCAGCGACAAAGGUGUCCCGAGUCUCAGUUCGACAGCUCAUGUUUGGGUCACAGUUCUCGAUAUGAACGACAAUCCGCCAAAAUUCGAACAACCUUCAUACAGUUGUGGCUUAUCCGAGCACGCAACCCGUGGACAAUUCGUUACUGUCGUUUCUGCCAGCGAUCCUGACUACAUCGAUCACGACAAACUUACUUACACCAUCGCGCAAGGCAAUGACCAACAAACGUACAAUAUUGAUGCAAAAACGGGCGUAAUUACUCUCACGAAUAUGCAAAACUUUGCCGAACGCCGUCAAACGAUCCUGAAUGUCUCCGUGACAGAUGGCGUUUAUACGAGUUUCACGCGCGUGAAAAUCAACAUUUUGCCGGCAAACUUGCACAACCCGAAAUUCAAUCAUGUGGUGUACGACGUGAAGGUGAACGAGAAUCAGAUGUCGGGACGUCUCGUGGCGACGGUAAAAGCGGAAGACGAGGAUUACGGGGACUAUGGGCGCAUCACGUACGGCAUCUUUAGCGAUGAAAUGCAGGAAUUUUUCGCUGUCGACAAGGAAAAGGGGGAAGUUGUGACAAAAGUAAAACUAGAUCGCGAAGUUAAAAAGUUGUACGAAAUUCCAAUCAUCGCAACAGACGGCGGAGGUCGCUCGGGUUUUACGAUUGUUAAAGUGCACAUCGGCGACGAGAAUGAUAAUGAGCCGGAAUUCCAAUUGCGAGAAUAUAAAGCGGCAAUUCAUGGCAACUUGACAAUCAAUACGACGUUCUUAAAGUUGAAAGCCACAGAUUUGGAUGACAAUCAAAAUGCAGCAAUAAAGUACACGAUUUACGACUCGCAAAACAAGGGCGUGAAGGAGUUAUUUGGCAUCAAUGAGAAUACGGGAGGAAUCUUUUUGGUCAAAAGUGCCGCAGAAUUUGAAAACCAAAUGUAUCAAUUCUUUGUGCGUGCAUAUGACGGCGGCAACCCAUCUUUACACAAAGACGUACCUGUCGAAGUUUUCAUCAUGUCUCCCUCCGACAUGGCACCCGUCUUCGAAAAGAAAGAAAAGCAACUUUUCUUAUCGGAACACUCCCCGCCCGGAACUAUAAUUGCCAAAUUACAACUUAUCAACAAUCUCACCGUAAAAUACAGCAUUCUUUCCGGCGACUUGGAAGAUCCUCAAUUCUCAAUCAACGAAAACGGCGAAUUACGUCUCGCCAAAACGCUUGAUCGCGAACAAAAAGACCAACAUUUGAUCGCAAUAAUGGCAGAAACGGACUCCAGCCCAAGCUUAACGGCUGUAACGGAAAUUGUGUUGCAAGUCCAAGACGAGAACGAUAACGCACCAAGUUUCGAAAGUAACCCUUACAGUUUAACUUUGGCGGAAAAUAUCGAAAAAGGAACGUCAAUUAUGAAAGUUUCGGCGCGCGAUGCUGACAGCGGCUCAAACGGCGAUAUUCGUUACGCGAUUUCAUCGGAUGCUGGAGAUGUGAUAAAUAUUUUCGACAUUGACGCGUAUACCGGAUGGGUUACAACGUUGGUGCCUUUGGACAAGGAAAAACGCGCUGAUUAUAAAUUCCAGAUAAUUGGCACGGAUAAUGGGCAACCAAAGCACAGUUCACGAACGAAUGUCAUUAUUCGGUUGAAAGAUUACAACGAUUGUCCUCCGGUGUUCAAAAAAUCAAUUUAUAAGGCGAAUGUGAGUGAAGAAGCUCUUCCAGGUACGGUAGUUACGCAAGUUGAAACCACAGACAAAGAUUUGGAUUUGGCAACCCCGACUGAAUUCUACAUAAUAUCCGGCGAUCCGUUGUCUCAAUUCCAAAUCCGUCAAACUGGCGAAGUUUUUAUCGUAAAACCGCUCGAUCGUGAAAAUAUUCCUUACUACAAUUUGGGCGUCAUUGUCACUGAUGGCAAAUUCACCGCUACAACAAACGUUUCCGUGAAAGUUCUCGAUGCAAACGAUAAUCCGCCAUAUUGUCUCAAAUACCGUUAUCGCAAGAUCGUAAGUGAAGGCGUUCAUCCAGGCACAUUUAUCCUCCAAUUGGAAGCUGUUGACUUUGACGAACCUGAAAAUAGUCGUUUACGUUACUAUUUAACCGGAACAGGCGCCGAAGAAUUUACUUUGGACAAAGAAUCAGGUCAACUUAAAACCGCUCGUCAACUAGAUCGCGAAACACAUUCGAAAUUCACGUUAAAAGCACAUGUUCAAGACAAAGAUCAUCCCGGAUGGGAAUGUUCCUCCGAAAUUGAACUCACCAUCCUCGAUGUGAACGACAAUGCUCCUGAAUUUUCGCAAAAAACCUACAGCGUAGCUUUGCCCGAAGAUGCUGAAAUUGGAACUCUCGUGACGAAAAUCCACGCAACCGACAAAGAUGUCGGCGUCAAUCGAAAACUCAAAUAUUCCUUCAUCGAUUCGUUCAACGGGCAUUUCCGCAUGGCACAAGAUUCAGGCAUCGUUACGCUCGCCAAGCCUCUUGAUCGUGAAAGCAAAGCCAUGUACAAUUUAUCCGUGAAAGCUACUGAUUUGGGAAGUCCUGCAUUAUGGUCUUCGGCAUUUUUGAUCGUUAAUGUUCAAGACAUCAACGAUAAUCCGCCGGAAUUCAAUUCAAAACACUAUUUCGGCAACGUUGAAGAAUCCAGCCCAAUAGGAUAUGAAAUUCUAAAAGUUCAUGCGACAUCAAAAGACACCGGAAUCAACGCUGAAAUCACUUAUUCCAUCAUCGGCGGUAACGAACACAAAAAAUUCGCGAUACAUAAUAAAACGGGAGCCUUAUCUUUGGCUGAACAACUCGAUUACGAACGUGCCAAAGAUUAUUUCUUGACGAUUCAAGCUGUAGAUGGCGGUACUCCUCCUCUCAGUACAUUGGCAACUCUCAAUAUCAGUGUCUCCGAUAGUAACGACAAUUCUCCGGUAUUUUCUCAGAACUCAUAUACCGCUAGAAUUCGCGAAGAUGCUCAACUUGGCGAUAAAAUCCUGCAAGUACGUGCUUCAGAUAUGGAUUCUGGUGACAAUGGUCGCAUCACGUAUCGCAUCGAACGCGGAGAUCGUCACUCGCAGUUCUUUAUUGAACCAGAUACAGGUUAUAUUUCCGUUGCCGGGGCCUUGGAUCGUGAAAGCAUCUCGAACUACGUGCUCGAAGUCGAGGCAAAAGACAAUGGAUUGCCUCCGUUGUCGAAUUAUGUGCUUGUAAAUGUGGAAAUUUCCGAUGCGAAUGACAAUCCGCCCGUUUUUACGGAGAAAAAUUACACAGCAGUGGUUCAGGAAGACAAACCCAUCGGUCAUACCUUGUUGAAGUUCGAGAUAACUGAUGCAGAUACAGAUCCCAAUGCUGCCCCAUAUACCUUUGAUUUUAGAUCUGGGAACGAACACGGCGCCUUUCGCAUUGAACAGGACGGUAUUUUACGAACUGCGACAAAAUUCAAUCACAAGAUCAAGGAUAGUUUCAAGGUUCAAGUGAGAGUUUUUGAUAAUGGAACUCCUCCCUUGUACUCGGAUGCGUGGGUUUUGAUCAAAGUUAUCGAAGAAUCGCAAUAUCCGCCGAUGAUAACUCCCUUGGAAAUUUCAAUUAAUUCAUUUAACGACGAGUUCCCUGGAGGAAAAGUUGGUCGAGUCUUCGCCACGGACCAAGAUCAGUACGAUACUUUGUCCUACGCCCUUGUACCGACUGCUGGAGUGUUAUAUGAUCCUGCCAGUUUGUUCAAUAUCUCCAAAGAAGACGGCACGUUAUAUGCUCUUCCGAGGUUGGAUGUUGGCGAUUAUCGCGUAAAUGUCACAGUUACCGACGGAAAGUUCACAUCGCCCGUAAUUGUGAAGAUCAACGUCGAACUAAUCACGGAAGAGAUGCUUUCGAGUGCUGCAGUGAUUCGUUUCAGCAAAGUUAGUCCCGAAGAAUUCGUUUUAAGUCAUCGCAAAGGCUUCAUUCGAGCAAUUCGUAAUGCUGUAGGAUCAAAAUUAAAAGAUGUCGUGAUUAUUUCAGUGCAACCAGCUUCCGAUGACAUGAACGCCAUUCGGUACAAACGCAGCAAUAAUCGUCGGGACUUGGAUGUUGUCUUCACUGUACGCAAAUACAACUCAUUAGGCAACGCAAGUGGCUUCAUUUCAGCUGCAGACUUGAGAAAAGCGAUCAUCGAUCACGAACCAGAGAUCGAAGAAGCAACAAAACUCAAUGUUGAUGAAGUUGUCAAGACCAAAUGUCAGCCGAACUUUUGCGUGCAUGGAUCGUGCGUUGAUAAAAUCGUGUUGGAUACAAGUCUCGUUGAAGCUAUUGCCACAGAUGUGACUAGUUUCGUAUCCGCACGACAUGCGAUCAAGGCAGAAUGUGAUUGCAAGGAGGGUUAUGGCGGCGAUAAGUGUCAACAUGCCGUCAAUGAAUGCUCGAAAUCGCCAUGUCCCAAGUACAAAGUUUGUGUGCCCGAUUCCUCGGAUCAGGGAUAUCAUUGUGCAUGUCCGGAGGGAUUCGCAGGACCAAAUUGCGAUAAAGAUAUUCAUCGGUGUAACGAUGAUUCGUGUUAUAAUCCACGAAAUCCCGUUUCGUUCAGCGGAAAGAGUUACGCCCAAUAUCGGAUUGAAAAAAUGGUGGCAAAGAAAAAUUUGGAAGAUAAACUUAACCUCAGUUUGAAGAUACGAACGGUGCAGCCAACGGGAAAUAUCAUGUAUGCAGCUGGGCGAAUCGAUUACAACAUCUUGGAAAUCGUGAAUGGCGUUAUUCAGUAUCGCUUCGACUUGGGAAGUGGUGAAGGAUUGGUUAGUGUCAGCAGUAUUUUUGCUGCUGAUGGACAAUGGCACGAAAUAAAACUCGAUCGCGAAGGAAAUUCUGCUCGUUUGACGGUAGAUGGCAAUCAUGUAGCGCAAGGAAGUGCCCCGGGAGUCAAUGGCGUGCUAAAUUUGCAAACUGACGACAUCUUUUUCGGUGCGGAGGUUCGACAACAUCCAAGCGUUUUGGGCUUUGAAGAUGUUCAAAAGGGAUAUGUUGGAUGCAUGGAUGACAUUCGUCUCUCGAAAAUUCCUGUUCCGCUUCAACAAACAGGCGCAAGUUCGGUUGCGGUGCUUAAACGCUUUGCCAAUGUCGAAUUUAGUUGCGACGCGUCAACAGUUCUCAUUCCAAUGGGCGUUUGCGGUACGCAACCUUGUCACAACGGAGGUACUUGCAAAGAUUUGGGCGGCGGAAAUUUCGAAUGUUUCUGUCAUAGUCGCUUCAAGGGUCCAUUUUGCAAGGAAGAUACGGAUCCUUGUGCGUCGUCGCCUUGUUUAUAUGGCGGAAAAUGUCGCACGGAAGGCACUGGAAAUUACACGUGCGAUUGUCCGCCUCGUAUGACGGGAAAACGUUGCGAUUACGGAAGAUUUUGUCUCCCGAACCCCUGUCGCAAUGGCGGCGUUUGCGAGGAAAGUGACGAUGGACCAAUGUGCAUGUGUCGCGGAUACAUGGGACCCACGUGUGACAUCGAUGUCGAUGAAUGCGAACGUCAACCAUGCGGAAAUGGGGCAACUUGCAUCAAUGAACCCGGAAGUUUCCGUUGUAUUUGUCCUGAAACGAUGACGGGAGCGAGUUGCGGUGAUCCAUUAUACUCAAAUUCAAUAACAUCAAAAUUCAGAAACGUUCCUUUAGAACACAUCAUGCUCGCCAUUGCGGGAGUUGCAGUUUUCAUCAGCUUAAUUAUCUUCUUGGCAACGUGGCGUUAUUGCAAAAAAGGCGGAGCAAGGGAACAUACGAACGGGAAGAAUAAUGAUACGUUGAAGGAUAAUCUCGUGACAAAUGUGCCGCCCGAACAGUACAAAAGAGGUUCGAAAAUGAGCAAUUUGGAGAUUAUUCAAAGGGGUGAGUGUCAGCAAAGGCCCGUUUCGUAUACCGCAAGCUCCAAUAACGAACAUUCCUAUAACGCUGUCUUGCAAUAUAAUAAUUUGUAUGGGUCGGCGGGCGAUGAAUUGGAAAAAGUUCCGCCGGAAUAUCGGAAAUUGAAUCGCUUGAAUCCGAAUAUCAAUUGUGGAAACACUUCGAGCGACAGCGAAUCGAUGCACAAGCAAAAAUGGUCGGAAGGGAUGCAGUUGCAGACGUUUGCUGACAACAAAAUCAAUAACGAUCUCAAACGCAUAAGUCCCGUUCCUGAUCCCGGUAGCAAUAGAUCGACACUCAAAUCGGGCAUUUUGCCGGGACGCCUCAUGCCAGCGGGCGCACAAGGUUACAAUGCCUCGCCAUUAGUUCCUCCCGGCUUCGAAGACCCACCAAAUAUGUCCCAAGGCGCCUACCAUUGGGAUUGCUACGAGUUUGGGCACAAUAACCUGCCCAAUAUUACAGAAGUGCCUGGUAGUGAGAUACCCGAUUCAUCUAGUUUCCAUAGUCAGGAGAGCAAUGACUCGCAUUUGCAUCACCAUCAUCAUCAUCAACAUUCAAUUUUACCUCCAAAUAUGGGUCCCGUUGAUCCCGCACGCGAUAUUGAAACACUCAACGAAGACGAGUCCGAAUACGUGGAAGACUCGGAAUGUGAUCAAAGUGAGCAACCGUUGUCCUUGGGAUUCGCCAACGACACUGCAUCAAGUAUUGGCGUUCUCGAUAGCGGCAGCGAAGAUUACAGAUUCAAUACAGUGCCUUUGCAAAUUAAUACACCUGACAGUUACUUGCGUCAUCCGAACAGCUACUUACCGAAAUACAUCGCAAGCGAAACCGAUGGCGAAAAUGUCCCGUUAACGAGUGGCAAUGGACCGCGUCAACGUCAAAUUAACGGCUUAGAUAUCGGUCCGCAUCAAAUUGUCGAAUCCGAUGACGAAGACAUUCCGCCUUACGGAUUUCCAUCCCACGGAAAACGACGAAAUCGUCGUGAUGGAAGCGAUAUCGAUUUAGUCUUAGGCAAUGGAGGUGAAAACAGUUCCCUCCUUGGACACCACAUUGGUUCAAACAGUGACAUAUCAACGCAUUUAUGCGAAAUAGACGACAGCGAAUACGAGCAAGAACAAGCAUCAGCCAUGGCAAAGCAGCAACAAAGUCUGCAUCCGACACUCAAGUCAUCGCUAAACACGAGCAAAAACUCGACAAACAGCAGCAGCAGCAGCAAAAGUGGAAAAAAGUCUGUAAAAUUCAACAAUAAUGUGCAACAAACGGAGGUUUGACACCGAUCAGCCAGAAAAAUGGAAAAUUUUGCAGCAAAAUUCAUCAGUUUUUGGAUAGCAGCCACGAAAUUUACUCGACUUUCUUUUGUAACUUUUUUUUAAAAAUUAAUUUUUAUUAUUUUAGUUUAGGAUCAAAAGUAUUAUUAGAUGUAAAUUUGUAACACACACGUUUUUAAAAAAAAUUAAGUUAAAAAUUUAUCGAAUUUAUUUUUCCAUGUACGCGUCUUUAACAAGUGAUUAGAACUGAAAAUCAAAAAAUUCGCAUCAUCUAAGUCAUUUUCUCAUUCAAACUCAAAGAAUAUCAAAAAAAUCACACACAAUACAUAAGUGUAAA